AUGCGGCUUGCUCGCUCCGGCGUGUCGAGUUUGGACCAGUACGUUGUUCCGGAACCCAAGAAAAUCCUGCAAGAGGUUUCGGAAGAGGAGUACCAGACCAUCGUAACAGAACGAAAGAGCGACUGGGUCGUCGGGCAAGAUUCUGGCUACGUGGAUGGUGGAAAAGAGCUGUGGCAAGGACCAGCGGCAGCAAAAGAGCGUGCUCGUGAGGAUGAGCUGGAAAGGCGUCAGUUGAAGGAGUUGGGCAUCGAUCUUGGCAGCAGGAAGCCAAAGCAGAAGGAGACUCCAGUGCAACCACAAGCACCACCAGGUCGCAGUGCUCUCUUGGGAGCACUGCACAAAGGUGCCAGUGGACCCCCGGAAGCUCGACCACCUACUUCCAAGAAGGAGCAAGAGAGAGCGGUAGAUGCUUUAAUUUCGGCCGGCGUGAUUUCACGUCGAGUCACGAUGACAGUUCUUCGUACGUCUGUCAAGAACACAUUCCUGGAGGCUUUCGAGUCCGAACAGUCUCCUGCUGCACAAACUACGGGCAUGCAAAGAUCGUGUUCUUGCAGUGAUCUGCCGGAUGAUGCCUUCAGAUCCCAAUCCGAUGCAGAUGCAGGACCGGAGGAGACCCAGUCAGAGCUGGAGCCCAGACCCGGCGGACCGAAAGGUUACAGAUUGGUGGUCAAGAACACGUUUGUGGAGGUGCAGGAAGACGACACCCCCACACAGUUGCGCAGAAGCUUGUCAGAUGGCGACAUGCAGGCUACAUAUGACGACACAGAAGGCGAAGCUUGCGAGGAUCAACAUGAGCGGUGCUCACAUUGCCCGCCGGAGCCAGACCAGGUGCUGUGUUUGGAGGCAGCCGUUCCUAGUUGCGAGCGGAAUGCAGCGUCACAUCAGCUGCCUCAACAGCCGACGCAAAUAGUCGCAGGCUCCACGGCUCCUCCGAUGCUCAACCAUGCAGCUUAUUCCACCGUUCCGGACCAAGGAUUUGCUGGCAUCACGUCAUUCGCUGCGGCUCUGGGGGCCAGCAUUGCACUGGGAGUUCCGUUUGCACCACAGCUCUGGGCCAUGCAGAAUAUGGCCGCUGCACAAUCUGCGGCAGUUCAGGCUGGCAGCAGGGUCCCUGAAGGUACUUUACAUGGCUUGUAG